CCUCCCCUUCAGUCCUGCACAGGCGUACCGGCUCCUCCCCUUCAGUCCUGCACAGGCGUACCGGCUCCUCCCCUUCAGUCCUGCACAGGUGUACCGGCUCCUCCCCUUCAGUCCUGCACAGGUGUACCGGCUCCUCCCCUUCAGUCCUGCACAGGUGUACCGGCUCCUCCCCUUCAGUCUUGCACAGGUGUACCGGCUCCUCCCCUUCAGUCUUGCACAGGUGUACCGGCUCCUCCCCUUCAGUCUUGCACAGGUGUACCA